AUGUUUCCAUGUUUCUACACUGUAAUUGUUGAAGACUUGUUGGAGGGGCACACAGACAACGGCAAGCAAUGCAAGGUGUCACAAAGCACGGAGCUUAGAGCAGACAGAGACAGCGGCAUCGACCAGGGCACAUCCCACCAUCCAAAGAGCCCAUCAACUCGGAUCGGAGGCAAUGACAGAACAGUUAUUGGAUCUUUUGCUUCUGAUGGCCCCUUUUCAAAAGCAUUGAGCCAAUCCCGCCAUAAACAAUUCGUCCCAUCCGAACCAGGCGAGUGGCCUGGCAGGGGGAGGGGGACUAAGUCCAGCCAUUUCCACUUGGUCUGUUACAUGUUCAAGACCUUGAUCAAGAUGGUCGUGGUUGUGUACCUAGUUAUCGAGUCCUGGUCUGGCAAUGCUCUGGCGCAGAGAGGAACAAGCUGGAAGACGCCAGAGCUUGACCACGGUAUCCUCCAGACGGUAGAGGCCGCAGCGACCACUUCAAAUGCUCAACUCUUGUUGAAUUGUCUCUUUCAUUAUCAAUCUGAUCUCAUCAUCCAGCACCUAGUUGCAGAGAGAAGAAGAGAGAAGAAGAGACGGCCAAUCAUUGAGCUCAUGAGAAAGCAGCAGUGGGUUCUGCGGUGCUCAGGCCGUGGUCUGUCAGUCUGCGAUCCCUGGCGCCGCUCUUUUGUGUUUUCUGGAGACUUUUUCUUGGAGACUGGCCUGGGCCGGAGAAGACCAUCCACCCACCACCCAUGCUCACUAUGCUGUAUCUGUUGCACACGUUCCAUCCAGGCUUGGAAUUCACCUCCUUCAACUCCGUACCCCGGCUCAGAAACCCCCGCCACCUUGCGUCUCCCCCGUCACUCUGAACUCACCGUUGGUAUCGUCUGGUUGCUUACUGCUUGCCGUGUUGCCCUGGUAUCUGUCUGGUCUUGGUCUGGAUGUUCGGCUCGGCUCUGCUUGCUCUCUACACUAUCCGUAAAGACUGUAGCUAUUGUCUCUGGUCUUGUCUCUGGUGUAUUCCUCUCCAUUGCUGCAUCCCUCCCCCGUAUUCCGUCUUGCGUCUCCAGAUCCCCCGGUCCAGCCCCAGCUCAGUCAGUCCUUCCGUGCUUGCUCUUUCCAUCCAUCCAUCCAUCCUUUUACUUUUCUUCCCUUGGUCACAUUCUCAUCUUUACAUACACCUUUGCCUUCUCCUCCACAACUAGACGCAGCAUCACCACCUUCACUUCAUCUCAACCCUGGUCAUACCACCACCACCCACCGCUUUCGAGAGAAGAGCAGCAAAGAACAGAGACGGGAACAGUGUAA